AUGAUAUCAGAUGACAUAUAUUGGGUACCUCAAGGAGUCAAGGUUGAGUGCACAAUUGACGAUUUAAUCCAACCCAAUGUGACUAGUUUUGCUACCUUCUAAUUUGAUUUUAAUCAAAUACCAAAGCCAAUCGAAGAGAAGAACGAGAAAAAUAUUGAGGAUGAAAUUUUGGAAUUAUUGGGGAUUACUGAAAAAGAUCUAUUAUUGGAAUCAGCACUCUAAACUUAUGAUCAUAAAUUAUAUGUAGAGGAAUUGAUUUAAGAAGCUUUACAAGAUAAAUAGCCAUAAAUCCAAUUUUCACCAUAACAAAAGUCUAACUCGUUUAACAGUUCAUUCAAAACACUGUAUGAACGAUAAUAUUUGUCUUAUGCGGAUAGCACCUUUAAUUUUGAAGAGGAAAUCAAUUUUAAAACUCCAGACUUGGCCACUCUAAAAAUGUUAUUGGAAUAAUAUUGUAAUGAUAAAGAAGACCUUGAGGAUUUUGAAUAAUAUUUUGCAAAUAAUCAAUAAAGUAAAAUAAUUCAUAAAUUUUCACAAUUAAGAGGGUAAGCAAGGCAAUUGGUUUUCAAUUAUAUCGAUUUACAAUAAAAAGAUAAUUAAUUUAUUGAGAUCCUGUCCUAAAAGUUGAAAGAGCUUUCUCUAAUCAAUUCAGUCAAGACUGAGUAUUUACUUGACUAUUUUAAUAAGGAUUAAUUGAGGAACAUAUUAGAUAAUCAAAUACCAAUAGUGAGAUUUAAAAUACUAUAAAGUCUAAAAAAAGAUGAUAAGUUGAUGAUUGAAUAUUUUGAGUUGAUAUGUUAAUUGCAUCCUGAUCAGGUUAUAACAGAACUAUAGAAGGGAGGGUAUCCUUAGGAUGAAUGUCUGAAGUUGUGUAGAUACUAUGGUAAUUUGAAAGGUUUAGCCUAUUUAUUGGAGAGAAGUGGAUCAGUAUUGGAGGCAAUUAAUUUACAAUUCGACGUAAUUGCAAUAUUAGAUAAUUUAGUUAUUUAUUUAAGGGUUAAAAUAAUAAUUGCAAAAGAAUCCAUAAUUAUUAGAAGGAUAGAAGGAUUUAUAUACUUAUAUUUCAGAGAGCUUAGAGCCUACUUUGAGUAUUUGUAGAGCAAACACUAAAAGAAAUGAUGAUGAGAGUGAUGUAUAAUAUUUAGUAAUAUUAAAUAGAACAAUUGGUUUUAGGUUUUGAUUAGAUUGACAAAAUUAAGGUAGGAGUUCUACAAAAUUCGAUUCUUUCCUGCUUUACGAUGUUUUAACUCGCAUUUCACAAGAUUGUUAGAAGAGGUUUUGGAGAAAACGAAAAUCAAAAGUUUACUUGAAGUAAUGUGUAAUAAAUUUAUUUAUUGUAGAAUUUAAAUGAGACUAUGAAAUAUUUUGAGUUCCAAGAGCUGAAGUCAACAUUUUCUUAACUUCUUUCUGGUUAACUAUAUGAAUUAGCCAUUUAUGGUUAAUCCACAAUGCUUAUAAAGCAAACCUGUAAUAAAUAUUUGAAUUCUUUGUAUAAAUAAUCGCAAUCAGGAAUAUCAGUUGAUAUAUAUUGCACUCAUUGUUAGAAACUAAUAGAAAUGGCCUCUAAAGUAUAUAUUGAUUGCAAACAUACAUUUCACAUUGAAUGCUCAUCAGAACAACUUUGUAAGGCAUGCAUAAACAACUUUGGAAUUUUAAUCAAUAAGUUAUUGACUCUAUACACCAAUAGGAAGAGUUCAAGAUUGCAGGUACCUAUGUAAACAGUUGAAUCUAAUCAACAAAGGGAGGAGGACAUAAAUUAAAGACAGACUAAAUUAAAUAAAUUAAGGGAGUUUGAUUAUUUAAGAUAAACUAAUAAAGGGUAUUGA